UUUUCGGUAGGAGUUGGUAGAGGAACAUGCCGCCGUGAAAACCCUGAACGCACCACGCAUCUGUCGAGCAUCUUCAGGAAAUCACGGACACGCUCAAACACGCACGCCGGAACAGUGUUUAGCACAGCGCCCGCGCGUGCACGGAGCCGCACCGUCAAGCAAGCACGAGCUGCUGCGCGCGCGGAAGAGCCGCAAAAAAAGGGGGGGAAACGCAGCCACCGCGAGUGGAGACCGCGAGGAGAGCAGCGCGAGCGCAGGGAAUUGGUGUGCACGAGAUCCAAAAUGGGAGGAAAGCUCAGCAAAAAGAAGAAGGGAUACAGUGUCAACGAUGAGAAGACCAAAGACAAGGACGCCAAAGCAGAGGGCGCCUCUGCCGAGGAGAGCGAAGUACCGAAAGACAAGAAAGACGAGGCUUCAGCAGCCACCGACGCCAAUGAGGCAGUGAACGACACGGCAGCCAAGGAUCCACCCGCCGCCGAUGCCACGGCAGAUGGGGAAAAGAAUGCAACACCCGCAGCAAAGGAGUCUGAAAAACCUGCCACCAACGCUGAGCCGAAAACCGAGUCCCCCAAGUCAGCAGAGCCCGCCAAAGCCGAGGAGAAACCAGCCGCUGCGGCCCCAGCCAAAGAGUCAGCCCCCGCAGCCAAGGAGCCUGAGCCUAAGGCUGCGGCGCCCGCCCCGGUGACAGAGAACAAAGGUGAGGCCAACGCCAAAAAGACUGAGGCCCCCGCAGCACCAGCAGCCAAAGCUGUGCCCCCAGCUGCUGAGCCCAAACCCACGGAGGCUCUCGCCCCAGCAAAGGAUGCCGCCGCUGCGCCUAGCUCUACACCAGCUGCCGAACCCCCGGCCAAGGAAGCGAACGCCACAGAGGCACCAAGCAAGGAUCAAACCGUAGCAGUUCAAGAUUAAUGGACAGCUUCUUUUCGGAAAUGAAGAAAUAAAUUAUCUAACUCAGCAACCAUGAAGAAGAAAAAAAACCAAGAAGGUGAAUUUACUAGCCCGCCAAUAUUAUGAUAAUAACAAUAAUAAUAAUAAUUGAAAUGAUGAAGGUGAUGAUUUGUUGAGGACUGGAGCCACUGCAGAAGAUUAUUGCUAUUAUUAUUGUUAUGUUUUAUUCUAUUUUUUCUGCUGUAGUAUUUGAACUUUGAUACGAGUCUUUGUUGCCAUCCCACCUCCGCCAUCCUCACCGAACCUCGGCCCAGGUUCCCAUUCCCGGCCCACAUUCACCCUCCCCGCUCCUCGGAUGUCCACGGUUGAGGACAGGGGAGGGGUCUAAGUACCAGCUGGACUUCCAUCAGUCCACUCUUCAGCCUUGCUUCAUCCAAUCCUUAUCCUCUUCUAGAGAGUGUUGUUUUCUGAUGCAGUGCAGUGAUUCCCCCUUUUGUUGCUGUCCAAACACCUCUUUGCCUCCUUUUGGAAACAUUAGAAACAGAGAAAAUAUGUGUUUAUUUCAGUGGAGGAAGUUCAGGCUUUUCUUAGAUCUUUCAGGAUUAAAACCGCCUUUCUUGGCAAAGCAAAACACUCUUAGAUGUCCUCCAGUCGUAGGGAUUUUUUCAGAUAGACUUCUACGUUUUGUACUGGAACCCUUAGAUAUAUUCUAGUGGUUUUUUUAAACGUUUGUAAUACAGAUGGAAUCUGCAAAACACUUCAGCUGGAAAGAUCUUAGAAAGCAGAUCUCUCAUCCUCAAUCCCAACUAUGAGAUAGUGAACAGAACCAGCACUCAGAUACCUCCUGAUCAUCUUCACUCUGUGGUUUGUGUUUCCCGCCCUGCAGAACACAAAAGCAUCUGUUUUGGGACCAAACCAUGGUUGUAGACAUCCAAGACUUUGGUAGAAAAGUCUUAUUUCCGAACCCAAUGAUGAGCAGACGGACUUCAGAAACGAGAACGUUGUAGCUCGGUGUCUAUUGAAGCGUGUGUUGGUGCUGUGCGGUUCACAUCAAAAGCCCUUUAGUUUCCCAGCCUAAAGAGUUUAGGGCAGGGUUUAUAAAAACUUCAGGCCUUGAAGGUCGGUUUGACAUGUUUGACAAACCUCCGUCUUAGCUAAACACACCUGAUCAAGGUUUUCAGCAGCGGAUAAGUCAUGAUUUCUGGAAAACCAGCAGGAAGCCGGCCUUCGAGGCCUCCCGUUUGACACCCCUGCUUUAGCCCCCCCCCCACUGCAGAAAUUACAUAGAAGUACAGGCGAAGAGAAAGUGUUUGCUUUGCAUUUUGGAGUCUAAAAAUACAUAAAUUAGAGUUGGCAGAAUCGUGUGUAGAAAAAAGUUAGAUGUAAAGGUCAACAUCUGCAGCAAGUCGUGUAAAUUAUGGUUCCAUGAUUCUUUUCCCCUAAUCGGAUUCACCCUGAGGGAAAAUCCUGAGGGAAAAUCCACCCCCAUUCCAGACCAACUUUCCUCUUUUACCACCUUUGUAUCAAGGCAGAGAUACGUGUGGUCAUGCCAGCCAUCCAUCCAUCCAUCCAUCCAUCCAUCCAUCCAUCCAUCCAUCCAUCCAUCCGACUCACGGCGUCUUCCUCCCAGCACUCGUCAAACCGUAGCAGAAACCAACAGAGCAUCACUGGAGGAGCGCCGUGUGUCUCUCCGUUCAGUUUUUCUUCCUCUCUUGACUCGGUAAAUUGCAUGUCUGUGGUUGGGUGAACCUGUCGUCCUGUCUUUUUGGUCAAGUGAGAAAAAAAAAGUAAAAAAAAAAAGAAAAGAAAAAAAAGAGUAAAUAAUAAUUUCUCGGUUUGUAUCCAUGGAAACUACAGUUGAUAUUUUCAUUCCAUGUCUCACCACUGCUAUUUCCACACAACACGUUUGUUCAAAUAAACAGAAAAGAUGAUAUGGAAAUUUGAUGCAUUCAAAAUUAUAUGUACUUGUAUAAAUGGUGCAACAGUAAUAAAAUGUAAGAAACUGUUA